UGCGCACGUAGGUUGCCCUUACCAACCAUACCAAAGCAAAGUUGACUUGACCAAAGUUUCUGUCGAUGUCCCAGAAUAAUCGGUGUAAAACGAUUGCUAAAAAUUGUUUAACUUGUAAAUUUAGCUAUUCAAGGUGAGACAAUGCCGGCCGUGGGAGAUGACGUCCCGAUGUACUGCUCCCAGCAGAUUAACAUCCCCCCUGAUCUUCCAGACAUUCUCAAGCAGUUCACAAAAGCAGCUAUCCGAACACAACCCAAUGAUGUGUUACAGUGGUCCUCAGCAUACUUCCACGCUCUUGCCAAAGGUGAAACGCCUCCUGUAAAAGAGCGCUUAGAGAUGCCCAUAGCUACACAGAAGACGGACACCGGUCUAACGCCUGGUAUCCUGUCAGUCCUCAAUAGACAGUUGGGUCCCAAAAAGACAUUGAAACUUUCCGAGUUGGAGCAGAAAUGGAGAGACAACUGUCUCCCCAAUGAGCGACUGUACAGUCUCAUUCAACUGGGAAGCUUUGGAGAUGACAUCGAGUGGCGCAAGUUCUUUUCAUUGGCAUGUUCAGCAUUGUCUGGGAACAUCACAUCUGCCAUGAAGGUCAUCUGUGAGAUCCUGACCCGUGACCCAGAGGGCGGGGCAGCUAGAAUACCCUUUGACCUCUUCAAGGAACUGUACACCUACCUAGCACAGAUCGAUGGAGAGAUCUCGGAAGAGCAGAUAGAAAGUGUAUUCACGUACCUACAGUACCAUGUAGACAAGCAAAGUGGUGUAGUGCAGCCAAGAAACUUCCUCAACCCGGACUGUCCAAAGCUUGGUCCUUAGAUGCAACAAACAACAACAACAACAACAACAACAACAACAACAACAACAACAACAACAACAACAACAACCUCCAGCUGUACAUACUGUUCCCAUUGUUGAGUUUGUAAGAAAAAUUGUUUACCAAGUACUGCAUCAAACCACACCUUGUAAAGUUAUUUUAAAAUUAAUGUUCUUUUCAUAUUUAUCUCGGUUUUGUUGCAAUUUGAAAAAAAAGUCACGUUAUUGUAAAGUAACUAUUAAUUUGCUUUUAAGAGGUAAUUUUUAGUCAAAACACACUUUAUUUUAUUUUGUAAAGUUUUUCCAAUUUUUUUUCUUCAUAUUUAUCUUGAUACUGUUGCAUUUUGAAACGAAAAAGAGUAAAGUUAAUGGUAAGUAAUUAUUAAUUUGCAUUUACGGAGGUCAUUCAGUGACAAUUAAACAAUGCACUUGAUGCUCAAGCAUUGAUUUUGAAUUUGGUAAAAAACUAAAAGUACACUCAUCUACAAGACUAAGAUCAAUCUUCUUUUAGUGGUGGGUCGAAUAAAAUAGUUAUCAUCGUGUUAAA